AUGACUACUACUAACCAUCAAGAAAAUAGUACUUCAAUUGGAAUUUAUAAUUUAGUACCAUUCUCAAAUACUACUGCCAAUGCUAGCAGCAAUCAACAACAACAUCAUCAACAACAACCACAACAACCACAACAACCAUCAAUUUCUCAAUCUCAAUCUCAAUCUCAACUGACUCAAUCUACUUCUACUUCAAACUUUCAAUCUUCAAAUCAUUUAAACUUAACAAAUCAUCUCUUUAGAUUCGGACUCUUAAACUCUCAAUUCAAUGAUAUCAGAAUCAAAUGUUUCGGAAGAGUUUAUCAACUUCAUCGAUUAGUCUUAUCACAAGUGGAUUUCUUUCAUGCUUUAUUCUCAGGUCCAUGGAAUGAAUCAACCAUCGAAUCAUCUAAAUCAGAUCAACCUUUGAUUUCAAUCAGAUUUCCUCCUCAAGUUAAUCGAUCUUCAUUCGAAUAUUGUUUAUCUCAUCUCUAUGGUCAUUCUCCUUUACUUGUACCUCCACCAUGGGCAUACGUAUCAGGUGAACCACUCUUGUUAGGUAGAACUCAUUCAUUACUUACACGUGCUGCAUCUAAAUCACCACCUAAUAGAUGGGUCAACAUAUCAGAUGAAGAAUUAGCAUGGGAACAACUUUUAACGAUACCUAAUUUACAACCUGCUUCUCCUACUUUCUUAGUAUCACUUUUGGUUUGUUCUGAUUAUCUUGGGAUGAGCGAUUUGGCUCAAGAUACGAUUCAAUUGAUUAGAAAGACAAUUACACCUUUUACGAUUGUUAGAUAUCUUACUUUUUCAGAUGGAAGAUCGAUUGAUGAUGAGAUGACUGAAUUGGAAAGAAAUCAAAGUUGUUCUACACUUGAACAGAUUAGUCAACUUGAUCCGAUCACCACUUCUUCUACUACUACUUCUAUUCAUGAACUUCAAGUUUCUAGAAACGAAUCAUUUGAAUUUAUAAAAGAAUCAAAUUUAAAUUCAGAACAUCAACAUCAUUCAAUUGAAGACAAUCAAGAAGAAGAAGAUAUCAUUCUUUCUCAUGGAGCUCCUGCACAACAAAUCGGUCAAGCUUGUGCAAGCUGGUUAUCAAAAUGGUCAACUGAAUUAUUAUCAUUAGAAGAAGCUUUAAUCGAUCAAGACGAAUUUGAAUUAUUACCGAUCGGAUCACAUGAAUCAAGAGUAUUAGAAAGAUGGCCAUGGUUAAAAAGACCUGAGAUGAGAAUCUGGAGAGAGAUUGGUGGUCUGAGUUCUAAAUGGAUUCGAGUCUUGAUCAGUAGUGAUGCUCUUUUUAUUAGUCGUGAUAUUUCUGGACCGAUUGAUCAAUCGAGUAGUAGUAGUGCUGGAAUUGGUGGUGAAUGGGAAAGAUAUGGUUUGGCUAGAAGAGUGGUCGAAUUAAGAGAAAGAGAAAGGAUGAGAUUGUCAAUCGAAACUGGGUUUCAAGAGGAUCAUCCUACUAAGAUCUUACCUGAUCCUGAACUUUGUAGGAUCUUUGAGGAUGGGAUUUAUUUUUCUCAUUUGACAUUCGAACAAUUAUCUUUUAUUUCUAAUGAUCGAUCUUCCAUCACCAAUCAAAAGUUCGUAAGAUCUAAAAGUUUACAAAGAGCACAUUGGUUAGCCACCGAGUUUCGAGGAAAACUAUCUCAAGAUCAUCAUUUGACACAUCCGAUUCAAGAUCUACAUCAAGAUGAUUUACCAGUUUAUGUGAUUCCAGAAGAUCGAACGAGUAGAUUAGAUGAAUUAAACACUCCUUCUCAACUUACUGAUUCGUUUUUCUUUGGAUUAGGUCGAGAUAUGAUCACCUCUUUACCGAUCCCAACUGAUGUGAAUCCUAAUAGGUUAUACACAAGGUUUGAACCUAAACGAUUCUCAGCUGAGUUUGUAAACUUGAGUCGAUUAAGAGAACGUGAUAGAUUGUAUAGUUUACCUCCAUCUAAUGUGAUUGGAUCGAAUACGAUUUUAUAUGCUGGAUCGAAAUUUAGUUGUUAUUUACAAAGAGUUAGACAAGGUUCAUUGAUCGAACCUCAAUUAGGAGUUUAUGUUCAUAGGUUAUCAGAGGGGAUCGAAUCGGAACAAGAUCGGAUGAUGGGUGCGGAUUCGAACUCAAAUUCGAAUUCGAAUGCUUCAAUGGCUUUGGCUAAUAGUCUUAGACAACUUCAGUUACAACCUAGUGUUGGAACUCAUUCGUUGUUUGGUGAAGGGUCUAGAUUAAGAUCGGCUUUAGGACCUAGAGCUUUGACUGGAACUCUUCAACAUCAACAUCAACAUCAUCAUUCAAAUCAUCAUUCAAAUCAACCGAUUGGAGGUAAAAGUAAUGGGGAUUCGAAUCCGAACCCGAAUUCGAAUGGAGUCAUUGAUGCUUAUUUUGUUUUGAGAGUGGGUACUAUGGAUGGUACUUCUGGUACGAUUUUUGAAAGUGCACCGGAUGGGUUUGCUAAAUCACAAUCAUGGGGAUAUCGAUCUAGAUCUAUGAUGGGAGAAGAGUAUCUUGGGAUCAGUUCGAAAGAAAUCGAAGGGGUUUCUACUGGAUCUGGAAUUGGAAAAACGGGGUCUUUAUUAACUUCUUCUUCUACAACACCAACAAUAGAGGACAUCAAAUCGAUUGGAAAACAUUCGGUUUUGAGAUGUACUGUAGUGAUUGGAGUGACUUGAAAAAAAUCCAAGAGUUCUGCUUUUUUACUUUGUAAACAAAAUGUAUUGAGGUUUUUUUGGGGGGUUUUGUAACUUGUUUUUUUCCCCUUUUUAGCAUGUAAAGUUUUCUUUAUAAAGGUUUUUGUUUUUUAGACUAGUUUGUUUAUUGUAUUUCUUUUAGAGUUUUAUUUAAGCAUAAAAUCAUUUAAUCAAAUCGAAAAAAAA